UUCAUUCUAUCUAGAGUAGCAGCUCAAAACCAAUAGAACGCGCGCGGCUUCACUUCUAGUAGGAUCCCACGUGGAAAGAGGGGAUGGCGUGUGUGUCAUCGAUCACGUGAUCCUCAAAAUACGAUGGAACCAAGAUGGUUUACUUUCCAGCGCUACAAAGUUUCCCUGCGUGCGUUUCUCUUGCUGACAGCGAAAUUGAUGACCAUUGCGCACAGAAAGUAAUACCCUGAAUAGUGUUAUUACCGCAUUUUUAAAUUUUUUAUACUGAUAUUUUACAAUUACUUGAACGUCUGGGAGUAGGGGGGGCAACGACCAGCGCGUCCGGGAUAUAUGACGUAGAACUUUUAUUUCUUUUCUUACUGAUUUGUACAGAUUCACCCACCACCAUCUGCGCUGUGCAGUCAAUUGCAACUAUGUUCCGAGUAAAUCUUUAGCAAGACCCCACGAAGAACAAUACGCCAAACCAGUAACAGGGGCGCAAUCGGUCGCAGUGCAGCGAAAUUCCCGUUACGCUGGACGUAAACAGCGCGAGAGCAUCGAUCCUCACGCGCGAAAUCCCAGAAUUCACAUCUGCGGCCUAAACAUUCGCCGUCUUAAGAGGAGGCUGAUGGAGGGGGAAAGCGAAGAUGUGUUGUUACUUGGUUCAUUUAGUUUUAAAAAAAUGCCAGACGGCUCAAAGGAUAAAAAUAUUGUAAUAUGCAAUAUUUGUGCCGCCGAAUUCAAGUACCACAGGAGCACGACUUCGUUAUCUUAUCACUUGAGAGCGAAACAUGCCCGUGCAGAAACGGAUAAGCCGAGUGACUGCGCUGUUAAGGAAGAGGAAGGCAGGGAAAUGUUGCCUGGUUCAUUUAGCUUUAAAAGAUCGCCAGAUGGCUCUGAUGAUAAAGGUGUCGUUAUUUGCAAUCUCUGUGCUGCCGAAUUUGAAUACGGCCGGAAUAUUACUUCGUUAACCUGUCACUUGGAAACGAAACAUGCCGGUGGAGAAGCGGACAGGUCGAAAGACGGUGCGAUUAAGGAGGAAGGCGGGGAUACCUUGUUGCUUGGCUCGUUUAGUUUUGCAGAUUUCCCAGACUGCGCAGAAGAUAAGAACAUCGUAAUUAGCGAUAUUUGUGCUGCCGAGUUGAAGUGCGACUGGAGCGCGCCGUCGUUAUCCUGUCACUUGGAAACGGCGCGUGCCGCUGCAGGGACGGAGACUGACAGGCCGGGUGACGGUGUGCUUCGGGGGGAGAACAGCGAGGAAACACUGUUGCUCGGUUCAUUUCGUUUUAAAAAGCUGCCGGACGGCUCAGACGAUAAAGGUGUCGUGGUUUGCAAUAUUUGCGAUGCCGAAUUCAAGUACCGCAGAAGCACCACUUCGCUGUCAUACCACUUAAAAGCAAGACACACCCCAGCAGAAACGGACAGCUCCCGCGGGAGGAGAGGCAAAGAAACAAUACUUCGUGGCUCCUUCAGUUUUAAAAAAUUACCAGAUGGGUCAAAGGACAAAAGUAUUGUAAUAUGCAAUAUUUGUGCAGCCGAAUUUAAAUACCACAGAAGCACAACGUCGUUAUCCUAUCAUCUGAAAGCAAAACAUGCUGGUGGAGAAGCGGAUAGAUCGAGUGGUAAUGUACGGUGGGAGAGGAGAGGGAAAGAGAGACUGGUGCGCGUUUCGUAUCAUUUUAAAAGAUUGCCUGAUGGCACAGAGGACAAAAAUAUUGCAAUCUGCAAUAUUUGUGCGGCCGAAUUCAAAUAUCCUAGGAGCAUCGCUUCAUUGUACUAUCACUUGAAAGUAAAACACGCUGGUGCAGAAUCAGGCAGGUCGAGUGACAGUGCGUGGCAGGGUACGAUUCAUGAAUACAUGACAAGUCAGCCCGUGUCUUGUGCUAAAGCAGAAGCAUUAGCGGAUGCAAUAUCGAGAUGGAUCGCUUGUGACUGUAGACCCUUGAGCAUUGUGGAGGAUGAAGGCUUUCUUAAUACAAUUAGACUGGCCAGCUCCGACGUUACCUACACGUUGCCGUCACGUGAAACUAUCGCUUCACGGAUUGAGGAUUUAUACGCGAAUCAAAAAUCAAGCAAGUUGGAGCAGCUUAGGAAUGCAAAAGCGGUGGCAUUGACGGGUGAUCGCUGGGCGUCAGUUACUAACCAUGACUACCUCAGUGUAUCGGCUCACUUUAUAGACAGUUCGUGGGCGUUAAAUUCAUUUCCACUAGGAGUGAUGCUCGUUGAUGAGAGUUUUGCGGAAGGUUGUGCUAAAAAAAUUUCUGACAUCACAUCGCAGUGGGAAAUCACCGGGAAAAUAUCAACGGUAGGCAAUAUGGGGGCUUCGGCCGGUCUCAUCCCCUACGAACACAUGCCAUGCAUUGCGCACAGUAUGCAGUGCUCCAUCGUAACUGCUCUUCGUGACUGUGGCGUUCAGAGUGUGCUGGAAAAAUGUAGGAAGUUGGUUGGACAUUUCAAGCGGAGUCUGGCUAAUGCCGCUGACCUAAGAAGGCAGCAGGGUGAGAUGGGACAGCGAGAAGAGACGCUCGUUCCGGAUGCGCCCGGGCGAUGGAGCUCCACUCUGUCAAUGAUCACACAGCUGCUAAGAAACAAGAAUGCGUUGCAAGCAACUACUGCCGCCCGAGAAAACGCUGCAGAAAUGCUGACUGAUGGUGAAUUUGACAAAAUUGAGGUGCUGAAAAAACUUCUUGAACCCUGCAAGUAUGUUGCAGAUCUUCUUGGCGGAGAAUGGUAUGUGUCCUGUUCCGUGGUCUUGCCUGCCCUGUGUCAUCUGCUCCACGUGAUGAAGGUGUCAGAUGAUGAUCCUUACUAUGUAAUCAGAUUUAAGGGAAGCUUCACUGCUGACCUGUCAAGGACAAAAGACACCCUCAACUUACCCUGGCUGAAGGUAGCAACGGCACUUGACCCUCGAUUCAAAGACUUGAAAUGCUUACCAAGAUCGGAGCGGGAUGAGGUUUGGGUGAGCAUACGGGAAAGACUGCAGAAGACAAUUCUCCAGACACCACCACCUAAGAGGAAGCGAUACCUCCUGGUUUAUGGAUCUGACUCCGAGGAUGACGCGGACGAAGCCGCUGGCACAUCUUUGGAUCGUUACAGAGCGGAGCCCAUCAUUCAGAUGGAGGACUGUCCAUUGCAGUGGUGGGCAAAACAUUCUGGGGCCUAUGAAGAUUUGUCACAUCUUGCCCAAAAAUACUUGGCGUCCCCUGCUUCAGCUGUCCCUAGCGAGACACUUUUCUCACUGUCAGGCCAAACUCUACAGGAGAAAAGAGCCGUACUGGAUUCUGAAAGUGUUGACCGGUUUGUCUGUUUAAGCAACUGGCUCAGUGAAAAGAAAUCACUUGUCAGCCUUAUUUUUGGGAAGGUAUGAUUUGUCACACUUAUAGGAAAUUGGACUAUCAUUCAACUGUUAAACCUUUGGACAAUUUUUUCAAAUGUCACGAUGGGCAGUUUCAUCAUAGUCCAACAAGAGUCUUGGUUAACUUAAUGUCAUUUAAAUUGUGACACUAUUUUCAGGUAAGAAAUGGACCUUUUAUGAUUGCCAAAUAUGUUUUAGAUAUUUAGUCUGUUGGUGGACAUUGUGGAUUGAAUUGUUUGUCAUAGCUGUUUUUCACCCAUGUAACAUUUUUUUUGUUGUUUUAAAAUUUCUGUACUGAAUAAGUGGACUACAAAAACUUUUUUUUAGAUCUUGCAACGAUUGGAUAUACAAUCAAGUGCCAAGGUAUGCAAUUAAUUUUUAAAAACUGACAGCCCUAAAAAGUCCAGUGAUGAGCAGCUGUCUGUUUCAUGCCUCCAUUUCCAUGAUCAAAAGAAGUUUCUACCACUAAGCUGAAAUGAUAAACUGCAAGAACAUCCAAACUCCACACAUGGAACCCAGGUCCCAGAGGUGUGAGGUAACAGUGCUAACCACUUCAUGCAAUCCUAACUGUAGGAGUCCAGCUGGCCAUCAAAACUAUGCUGAAACGUUCAAAGCAGGCUGAGUCUCUGGUACAGGUCCAUUGCAUUUUUGCCCUCAGAUUUUACAUGCCAGACCAUCAGCUACUACUGUUACAGGAGUAUUACCAUAGCAACAAGUACCAUGGAAAACAAUUCAGCAGUGCGACGUAAAGUCCCACAUUUAACCUAUAAAUAAAGUGUUUUUAAAAUUGGUCCCCCCCAAUCAACGUCAAACUGAACACUGCCAGAAUUUCGAGCAGAAUUAUAGUGGAAUCCAGCGCAGUCUAUGAGGCCUCAGUCAAAAACCAGAUCUUUGUGUGUGAAACUCAAUAGCCCGUACUACGUAGUGACACUACAGUCUUGGUUAAAAGCAUUUUAUUGGUUACAAUAUCAAUUCAUAGCAACAUACAGUAUCACUGACCCACUGUACAAAUACAAAAUAAAAACUGGUGUGAAGACUUAAAAAAAAAAAAAA